AUGAGCAAGAUAAUUUUAAUUUCAAUAUUAUUAUUAAUAAUAGAAACAACUUAGAGAAGAGUUGGAGAAUCAGAUAUCAAUUAAUUUUAAUGCAUAAAAUCAAUUUGCAAAUAAGAAUUAUAAAAUUGUAUUUAAGAUGAUGAUUGUUUUUCAGUUAUUCAAUUAUGUAAUAAAGAUUUUGAUGAUUGUAAAGCAACAUAAAAUGUAAAUAAUUAUUUAAAAUUAGAUGAAAAAUUGUUUAGAUGAUGAAAAUAGUUCAAAUAAAUAUAUUUAAUGUGUUAAAAAUAAAUGUCUCAAAAAACUUAAUAUUAAUUUUGGUUCAAAUUGA